AUGGGCAUUGAUAUCCCCCAGAUGACACCCCUCCCCUUCCAGGACACCAUCCAGAGUCAUCUGAACUGUGGUUGGGUGGACGUUUUGUUCCGGCAAAGCAUCAACCCUGUCAGCCUUCCUGCUUUAUCUGCCAUCGUGAUCUUGAAUGACACAGUUUUGUGGACUGGCAACUUUGGAAAGAGGAAUGCCAGUGAUCCUCUGUCAGGCCCACCCAGUGAAUAUACCAUCUACAGAAUUGCCAGUUUAUCGAAGAUUUUCCCCACGCUGAUGCUCUACAAACUGUGGGAGGAUGGAAAGAUCGCCUCCUUAGAUGACCCACUGGAAAAAUAUGUAGACAAUUUCACUAUAAAAAACCCUCUGGGAAAAACACGAGACUCUGAGUUAAAAUAUGUGACAGAUGGCCUCAUAUUUCUAGACAGCGGAGAGGUACAAAUUCGCUCCUCCUCUGUCACCCUGCGCAGGAUGGCAAGUCAGCUCUCAGGUCUGCCCAGGAGGCUCCGGGCAACAAAUUUACUCUGGAAAGGCAAAACCCAAUCGGCAAUCAAUCUAUUACAAGACGAUGUCCUCGUUGCAGAUCCAGGGACCAAGUGUCACUAUAGUAACCUCGCAUUCUCUUUACUCGCUCAUGUAAUGUCUGAAAGAGUGGUCGGCGUUGACUACCAACGGUGGGUCACAGAAAACAUCUUGGAUCGAUUGGGAAUGGAAGACACCAGUUUUGAGCUGACCCCUGGGUUGCAGGGCCAGUUUGCGGUGGGAGUGUACUCCAAUGGAAAACCGGCGCCUCUCUAUGAUCUCGGCUGGUAUCGGCCUUCGGGUCAGAUGUUCUCCACUCCCGCCGACAUGGCCAAACUUGCCAUGGUGCUGCUGGGUGCUUACCACCGUAAGCUGUUGGAGCCAGACUCUCUAAAGAUCAUGUUGAACCCACUCUUUAGGUGUGAUAAGGAUUACUUCGCAAACCGUACUGGGACACCUUGGGAGGUAAAUGAGCUCAUGGGCUACGAGAUGUUGAGGAAAGAUGGUGAUCUGGACGGCUACUCUGCCACGUUCUCCCUGGUUCCCAGACUGAAGCUUGGCCUAGUGAUCCUAAUGGCGGGCAGCAGGCCCCAGAAACAGGAUGUGGUCACAAAGGCCUACAGCUACAUUGUUCCAGCAAUCGAGAAAGCCUUCAGAGAAGCCAAGAAAAUUCUUGUUGCUCCUCCAAAUCCAGAUCCUUACGUUGGCUUUUUCACAUACAGCAACAUCACUUUCUACGAGAUCAAAGCGGGACCCGACGGAGUUCUGAUUAUGCAGCAGUUUGGUCCUCAGAUUGAAGAGCUGAUUCCAGAGAGGUACAGGACAAUAAAGCUCAAGUACCUGGUUGAGCGGGUAUUCAGAGUUGUGUUUGAUAAAGAGUACCCUUGUGUUUUGAGAGUGGGCAAGGCUUCCGUCUCUCUGGAAGCCCAAGAUGGUCAGCUGUUCAACUUCUAUGUGUUUAAUAAGCAAGGUUUGUCUCCUGGCUUUGAUGCACCGGGGCUAAACACAUACAAUGUGGUGAGAAUAGCCCGCAGACCAACCUUCACCAGCUGAGGAGCAGCAAAGACACAAAAAUGAAGUCAUGCAGGGGCAUUGAAUACUGAAAGACUCACCUGAAAGAAGAGAGGACUCCAGCAGUAUCCCAUGGGGAAGAACUCUUGAAUGAGAACGGAUAACAAAGACAAGUAUUUCGCACAAAAAUUCCAUAACUUGUUUGCUGGGUGGUGUGCAUGAAUGUCGUCCUCACACUGGUCCUUUAUCACACAUCUGAGCUAAAUGCCCACACUGUGGUAAUUCGGAGCUUUUGCUCUUCCUGCCUUCAUUUAAACUGCUCUCAUCUCUUCUGUUAACGUUUCUCUAGAAAACAAACAGAAGCAGAUCAACACUUCUUAUGGUGGGUCACAUAAAAAAUGUACAUAUGUAAUUUUUUUUUCAAACAGGGUUAUUUGUAAAUAGGAUAUUAGGCUCUUGUAUUUGUAAAUAUUGUGUAUUUCCAGUCUUCUUGUAACAGGUUUAUUUAUCAGUCUUACAGUUUUAGAGGUGCUUAUUUAAAGUUAGAAACGAUGCUAUCUUAUUCGACAUUACCACAGGACUAACCUUGCCUGCAAAUUGAUUGGUUUUUGUGCGCUCACAAACACACGAGACACCAUCUCGUACCGCUCCCACUUCAAUCGUUUGUGACCAAACCAAUCACGUUGCAGUUUUAUGUUUUAAGGCGGGACAUAGAGCUGUGACGAAAGCCAGAGUUGCUGUUCCCACAGUCGAGCCAACUUAAACAUGACAGCGCAGGAGGGACGCACACGUAGCUACUGCUAUCACACCUGUUUUGUCAGAAUCCACAAUUUCUUUGAAGAAGACCAGUAAGAGGUGCUGGAUAAAAGAUGACAGGGUAACUUGUUGUGGUUGUCUCAUGGAUACAGUGAUUGGCUAAAACCAACCUUUGGUGUUGCUUCGUCCAAUCAGCUUAGAGAAUUCUUCUGAAAUUCCCUCCUUUCCACAAAUGGGUUCAAUGGGAGCAGUUCCAGAUUGAUAAUGUACAUAAUGCAGAGUGCUAUAAAUUAUCAAUCUAGCUGGCCAGGUUAGUGUAGGACCACCAGGGCUGCAGCUCUCACUGUCUGUUAGCUUGUGGUAGCUGUAACAGAGAGCAAAUUCAUUUAAUAACUUUACAAAAGCAAAAGAAAUCAGUAUUUCAUAUGGAUAAAAGAUGACAGAAAUAAAAUAAAUACAGAUGAAUUUGAUUGCGAAGGCCAGUGUUGGAUUGUACCACAGCAAAGUAACUGUAUAAAACUCCAUUUAAUAAUUGAUUCAAAGGUCACAUUAUUUUUUGUGAUGCAUUCCUUAAUUUCUGUCAUAUGGCAACUUUUUUGGCCGAUCGAGUGUUUUCUAUGCUGUUGGUCCUGAAGUUUCUGUUGUUUUCUGUGAUGCUGGUUGAAAUAUGGAUCAUAACGUCAAUAUUUAUUAUGUACUUUUAAGGUUGUCUUCUUGGAAAUAAAUAUUGCCCUUGUUUCAGUUGA